GAUUGUGUGGUUCUGAUGGAGCUCCCUUUGAGCAAGAGGAACUCGCCAGCGCUGAGAUUAGCGGAUUUGGCAACGGCUCAAGCCAAGCCUCUUCAGAACAUGACAGGCUUCCCGGCGCUGGCCAGCCCGCCCGCCCACUCCCAACUUCGCGCCAUAGCCACGCACCUUCGCCCUCGGGACCUGGGCGCUGACCCCGGCGUGGCCAGCACUCGGCUGGGACCAGAGCACAGGGCCCAGGCGAGCGCCCUACGCCUCAGCCCUCCCUCCCAGGCGGUCCGGGCACAGCCUGAGGCUCCCGCGGUCACCAACCGCGCAGCAGCCGCCGCUGCGCACCCCGGAGCCGGCACCUAUUCUGGUGGCGGGGGCUGCUGCGGUGUGCUGCCCUCAGCGCCACCGCCCCCAGCCCCUCCUCUUCCUCCCUCCCCUUCCCCUCCCCCUCCUCCUCCUGCCCUCUCGGGCUACACCACCGCCGACAGUGGCGGCGGCGGCAGCAGCGGCAAAGGCCACAGCAGGGACUUCGUCCUCCGGAGGGACCUUUCCGCCACGGCCCCCGUGGCGGCCAUGCACGGGGCCCCGCUCGGAGGGGAGCAGCCGUCCGGCACCGGCUCCCCCCAGCACCCGGCCCCGCCUCCCCACUCGUCCGGCAUGUUCAUCUCGGCCAGCGGCACCUACGCGGGCCCGGACGGCAGCGGCGGCGGGGGUCCCGCGCUCUUUCCUGCGCUGCAAGACAUGCCGGGAGCGCCCGGCAGCCACCAGCACCCGCUCAACGGCCAGAUGCGCCUGGGGUUGGCGGCAGCCGCGGCAGCCGCGGCGGCUGAAUUGUUCGGUCGCGCGGAGCCACCCUUUGCGCCGCGUUCCAGCGACGCGCACUACGGGACGGUGGCGGCCGCUGCAGCAGCUGCCCUACACGGCUACGGAGCUGUGAACUUAAACCUGAACCUGGCGGCGGCUGCAGCUGCUGCUGCGGCGGCCGGGCCCGGACCCCACCUGCAACACCACGCACCACCCUCGGCGCCACCGCCGCCGCCGGCUCCCGCGCAAGACCCGAACCAGCACCACCCCCACCUUCCUGGGGCCGCCGGGGCCUUCCUGCGCUACAUGCGGCAGCCAAUCAAGCAGGAGCUCAUCUGCAAGUGGAUCGACCCGGAGGAGCUGGCUCGGCAGCCGCAGCCACCACCGACCCCGGCCGGCGGCUCCAAGCCCUGCUCCAAAACUUUCGGCACCAUGCACGAGCUAGUGAACCACGUCACUGUGGAGCACGUGGGCGGCCCGGAGCAGAGCAGCCACGUCUGCUUCUGGGAGGACUGUCCGCGCGAGGGCAAGCCCUUCAAGGCAAAAUACAAGCUGAUCAACCACAUCCGCGUGCACACGGGCGAGAAGCCCUUUCCCUGUCCCUUCCCGGGCUGCGGCAAGGUCUUCGCGCGCUCCGAGAACCUCAAGAUCCACAAGCGCACUCAUACAGGGGAAAAGCCUUUCAAAUGCGAAUUUGAUGGCUGUGACAGGAAGUUUGCCAACAGCAGUGAUAGAAAGAAACAUUCUCAUGUCCACACCAGUGACAAGCCAUAUUACUGCAAGAUUCGUGGCUGCGACAAAUCUUAUACUCACCCAAGCUCUCUGAGGAAGCACAUGAAGAUUCAUUGCAAGUCCCCACCACCUUCUCCAGGAGCCCUUGGUUAUUCAUCAAUGGGGCCUCCAGUGGGUGCUCCCUUGUCCCCUGUGCUGGACCCAACCAGGAAUCACUCUAGCACUCUCUCCCCUCAGGUGACCAACCUCAAUGAGUGGUAUGUUUGCCAGGCCAGUGGAGCCCCCAGCCACCUCCACACACCUUCUAGCAACGGAACCUCUUCUGAGUCUGAAGAUGAGGAGCUGUGCAGGAACUCUGAAGUAGUGCGGACGAUACAUUAG